AUGUCCCUAAGGUUACCCCCCCUCCUAGAACCAUAUCUCGCUCUACCCGCCGAGUCAUCCCUCGUCCUGGCCACCAGCGUCCUGGGCGCAAGUACCAACUGGCUGGUCCUCCGACACCUGUACAGGUACCUCGGUCCCCGGAGCCUUCCUGGUGAGGGGGCAGAUGGCGUCGAAGGUGGUGCAGAGGAGGAGGUUGGUGUCGUACUGGUCAGCUUUAUGCGAGAUGGGGUCUUUUGGCGUGAAGGUGCUGUGAAGCUAGGUCUGGAUCUUGAAUCCUUGAGUAAAAAAGGCCGUUUCCAUCAUGUAGAUGGGCUCACGGGCCUCUUUACAGAGGAUGACGCUACGAGUGGUAGAAGCAACAAUAUCCUGAAGAGCAGUCGUGUAGACCAUGUGAAGGGUCAUUUGGAGGAGGCAGUGUCGCAUAUCCGUUGCAGGAAGACGGUUCUCAUCAUCGACCAGGUGGACGUAUUGCUUGCGGCGGCGGAAGAAACGACGAGUACAUCCUUGUCUGCCAUGAUUCUCUCGCUACGCGAGCGCGUCUACUCUACACUGCUGACCAUGUCGGCCGACGCACCCCUCAUACAAUCGCAGACCACGAUGCUGGAGAGGGAGCACGCCGCCCUGGUUCUGGGGCAGGCCCACGAGGCCACGAGGGUCUUCUCGCUGCGUAUGCUGGACACGGGCACGGCCAGGGAUGUCAGCGGUGUAGUGAGGAUCACAACGACCGACGAGGAUGAGGCUGAGUACCUGUACUUUGUUGCUGGGGAUGGGAAUGUCAAGGUCUUUCAGAGGGGGACUUAG